CCGGCCCCUCCUCUGGCCCGCGCCUCUGGGGCCGAGCGCUCUCCCGCCGGUCCGGACCGGCGCUGGAUGUUUGCUUUCGCGGCAGUCAGGCCAGCCAAGCCCGUUUCCAGCUCGGGGCAGCGGGGCGGAGGGCCCGGCCGGCGGGGCAGCCAUGGAGGCGGCGGCACGGAGGCGGCAGCACCCGGGAGCGGCGGGUGGCCCGGGCGCGCAGCCGGGCGCCUCCUUCCUGCAGGCCAGGGCUGCUUCAUUCUCACCUGGCUGUCCCUUGAGGCUGGAACCUUGGCCACAGGCAGCCCCGCGCUCUCAUCUUUAGCGUCCCAGCACCAGAAAGGAAGAUGCUCUUUUCAACUCUGGCACAGCUCCGUCAAGGCUGAUGAGGCUGCCAGCACAGCUCCCUUCCACCUUGAUCUCUGGUUCUACUUCACCCUGCAGAACUGGAUUCUAGACUUUGGCCGCCCCAUUGCCAUGAUGGGGGAACUGAGGCCUGAAGAGGGGAAGAACUUGCCCAGGGUCACCCAGAACGUUGGUGCACAACUGAGUCCCAAAGGAGCCUCCAACUCUCAGCUGGUGUUUCCUCUCGAGUGGUUUCCGCUUAACAAGCCCAGCGUGGGGGACUACUUCCACAUGGCCUACAACAUCAUCACGCCCUUUCUUCUGCUCAAGCUCAUCGAGCGGUCCCCACGCACCCUGCCGCGCUCCAUGAUCUAUGUCAGCAUCAUCACCUUCAUCAUGGGCGCCAGCAUCCACCUGGUGGGUGACUCUGUAAACCACCGCCUGAUCUUCAGCGGCUACCAGAACCACCUGUCAGUCCGCGAGAACCCCAUCAUCAAGAAUCUCAAGCCGGAGACGCUGAUCGACUCCUUUGAGCUGCUCUACUACUACGACGAGUACCUGGGCCACUCCAUGUGGUACAUCCCCUUCUUCCUCAUCCUCUUCAUGUACUUCAGUGGCUGCUUCACUCCCACCAAAGCUGAGAGCUCAAUGCCAGGGCCAGCCCUGCCCCUGGUGGUGCCCAGCGGCCUGUACUACUGCUUGGCGGACUUUCGACUUGAAGCUGGGAGGAAGGGGAACAGGAAGGCGGUUCUGGGAGCAGCGAGCGCACGGGUGACAACCGGAGGCCCCGCGAUGGCCAAGUUUCUUUCCCAGGACCAAAUUAAUGAGUACAAGGAAUGCUUCUCCCUGUAUGACAAGCAGCAGCGGGGGAAGAUGAAAGCCACUGACCUCCUGAUGGUGAUGAGGUGCCUGGGGGCCAGCCCGACGCCGGGGGAGGUGCAGCGGCACCUGCAGACUCACGGGAUAGACAGAAAUGGAGAGCUGGAUUUCUCUACUUUCCUGACCAUUAUGCACAUGCAAAUAAAACAAGAGGACCCAGAGAAGGAAAUUCUUUUGGCCAUGUUGAUGGCGGACAAGGAGAAGAAAGGCUACAUCAUGGCGUCUGAACUGCGGUCAAAACUCAUGAAACUGGGAGAGAAGCUCACCCAUAAAGAAGUAAAGAAACAUUUCAAAGAAACUGACAAUGUCACCCAGACAGAGACUGAUGUCCCUUCCUCUGGCUGUGGGAGAAGGAAAGAUGAUACUAGAAUGGAUGAUCUUUUCAGGGAAGCAGAUAUUGAACCUCAUGGCAAAGUGAAGUAUGAUGAAUUUAUCCGCAAGAUCACCAUUCCUGUGCAGGACUACUGAAUGAGGAGAAGGCAAGAGAGCCUCCCCUGGGCCGGAAAACUCAGACCGAUGAAUCUUUAAAAAGAAAAGCGUUCCUUUCACUUGUGGGAGAUGGCAAACACAGCAAGAUGACAUACCUGACCACAGCAGCGGGUAACUUAGCAAGGAAACGAAACGAUUUCAGCUACAGUAUUAGCAUGUCUUUAAUAAAAGACUUUUACUGAUUUUAAUAACUAACUACCAUCAGUCUAGCCCUUUAUAUCAUGGAAAGAGCCUAUGGUUUAGAGUUGGGCCAGGGUUCCAGUCCUGACUCUGCCACUUCUGAGUCAGGUGAUUUUGGGCAAAUCAUUUCACCCCUCAAAGCCUUAGGAUCCUCACUGAGGUUGGAUUCCUACUUCUUACCUCAUGGAGCCUGCUGAGAAUGGUCUUCAAAGGGCCUUUGCAAAUUGUAGAGCACAGUGUAAUCCUAGGUUGCCAUGGUCGUGCUUCUCCUAAAAAGGGCAAUUUACCGAAAGACUAAUAUUCUGUAUUUGGGUGCUAGAAUCAUCUUCCGCAUUUCCAAGAUAAAGCUAGCUGAGAAACAGCAACAAACAGAGAGCUCAAACUAUGGCAACAGUUCUUGCAGCACCACAGGGUCACAUACAAAUUCUCAUUCCCAGUGCAUACUAAUGUAGUUCAGGAUAUUCAUUCAUAAACAGGAUAAAAAACAGGUUUAAAACAAGGCAGCAUCAGCUAAACCCUGGGAAGAGUGAUCCGACUACACCCCAAACCAAAGGAAACCAGAUGUGACGAGUUGCAUUCACUGAGGCCUUGCAGAGCUUGAGAAGACCUGUUAUGAUGCUUCUGUCAGAAUUUUGAGCUCCUCCCUGACCCAUUAUCAGAGAGGUUCAUGGGACUGGGAUGGUCUGCUCAAGUGGGCCAAACUGAUGAUGG